AUGAUCAACAAUGAGCCUCCACCGCGCCUUGAGGGAAAAUAUUCUGCAAUGGCAAUUUGCUGGUUUCUUGGCAUUGGGGGUCUUUUCUGUUGGAAUAGUAUGCUGACAAUAGUAGAUUACUAUAUUUACUUGUUUCCGAAAUACCAUCCUUCUAGGGUGCUUACCAUUGUAUAUCAGCCAUUUGCAUUUGUAACAAUAGCAAUACUGGCUUACAAUGAGGCAAAAAUCAAUACAAGGCUGCGGAACUUGUUUGGAUACACCGUCUAUUUCUUUAGCAUUUCAUCAUUGUUAAUUUUGGAUCUAGCGACAUCCGGUAAAGGAGGGAUUGGAACUUUCACCGGUAUAUGCGGAUUUAGUGGUCUUUUUGGAAUAGCAGAUGCCCAUGUACAAGGCGGAAUGGUGGGAGACCUAUCCUACAUGCUACCAGAAUUCAUUCAGUCUUUCCUUGCUGGAUCUGCAGCGUCAGGUGCCCUAACAUCGGCUUUGAGGUUAAUUACAAAAGCAGUAUUUGAGAAUUCUCCAAACGGUCUUCGCAAAGGAGCUAUUAUGUUCUUUGCCCUAUCAUCUUGUUUUGAGUUUCUAUGUGUUAUUCUCUACGCGUUUGUCUUUCCAAAAUUACCGAUCGUGAAGUACUACCGUUCAAAAGCAGCCUCCGAAGGAUCCAAAACUGUGUCAGCUGAUCUUGCUGCCGGUGGUAUCCAGACCUCACCUGGCGGAGACACGGAAGAUUCAAAGGAACAAGAGCGCAAAGGAAUAAAACAAUUGUUAUUCGAAAACAUUGAUUAUGCACUUGAUUUGUUCCUAACAUAUGUGCUUACACUGUCGAUUUUCCCUGGCUUCUUAUCAGAAGAUACUGGAUCACACAGUUUAGGCACUUGGUACGCUCUCGUCUUAAUUGCUAUGUUUAAUGUGUUUGAUCUUAUCGGAAGAUACAUUCCGCUCAUCAAAAUCUUGAAGAUGGAGACUAGAAAGUUGAUCACUACGGCUGUCAUUUCUCGUUUUUUACUUAUACCGGCAUUUUAUUUCACUGCAAAGUAUGGUAAACAAGGUUGGAUGAUAUUGUUGACAUCGUUCUUAGGGUUAUCCAAUGGUUACCUCACUAUCUGCGUUUUCACUUCCGCGCCUAAAGGUUACAAGGGACCUGAACAAAAUGCUUUGGGAAAUAUGUUGGUGAUGUGUCUUCUAGGAGGUCUUUUUGCAGGGGUCACACUUGACUGGUUGUGGUUAAUAGGUAAAGGAUGGUGAUAGUGAUCUUAACCAAGCUUAACUAGAGAAAUGGCGUAAGCAUUUGAGGAAAUUUGUAAGAGACAGGUUGCGCGCCGAACAACUAACAAGUCUCAUGUAUGAAUCGUACAAUUGUUUUGCUGAAAAAUAA